UACAGAUGCUUAACGCGUUCGCUUUUAUAGAUAUCUUUAAAUACGCAUGCUCGGUCAAUUCGGCAGUAGUUUACUCGUGGGCCGCGGAUAGUGUGAACAUUAUACCCGUGUAUGUAAUCGAACCAAAUAAAAUGUUCCUCAUACUAGUGAUAAUUGGUUUAGUUGCACUUUACUUCUACGGAACGCGGACAUUUAACUACUGGAAGUCAAGAGGUAUUAAACAUGAUAAACCAGUGCCUAUUUUUGGAACGAACUUGAAACAGUUCAUGCAAAAGGCCAGCAUGUGUAUGAUGGCUACUGAAAUGUAUAAAAAAUAUCCUGAGGAAAAAGUAGUCGGUUUCUACAGAGGUACUGAUCCAGAAUUAGUGAUAAGAGAUCCUGAAAUUAUCAAAAGGAUCCUUACGACAGACUUCCAAUGUUUCCACUCAAGAGGCCUCACUUACCACAAGACAUGUGUGGAGCCCCUGUUAAGGAAUAUUUUCUUUGCUGACGGUGACUUAUGGCGCUUGAUACGACAGAGGUUUACUCCUGCUUUCAGUACCGGCAAGUUGAAGGCUAUGUUCCAUAUUAUCACAGACAGAGCAGAGAAAUUGCAGGUGAUUACAGAAGAGGUCGUUGACAGGGAAUAUUAUGAUGUUAGAGAAUUAAUGGCAAGAUACACCACGGAUUUCAUCGGUGUCUGCGCAUUCGGAAUCGAUAUGGACUCGUUAAGUGAUGAAAACUCUCAUUUCAGAAAGUUAGGUAAAAGAAUUUUCGAAAGAAGAUUCAGAGAUGCAGUUGCCGGUGCCCUGAAGAUUAUGUUCCCAGAAUUGUUCAAGCAUAUGCAUUUUCUAGCACCCGAAUUAGAAAUUAACAUGAAACAUUUAGUACAAACUGUACUUAAGAACAGAAAUUACAAGCCAUCUGGUAGAAACGAUUUCAUUGAUCUAAUGUUAGAGCUUAGAGAAAAAGGAAAGAUAAUUGGAGAGUCUAUAGAACACAAAAAUCCUGAUGGAACUCCAAAAAUAGUGGAUUUGGAAAUGGACGAUUUACUUAUGACAGCUCAAGCGUUUGUUUUCUUUGGGGCUGGUUUCGAAACGUCGUCUACUGCCUCAAGUUACACCCUACAUCAGUUAGCGUUCCAUCCAGAAUAUCAGAAAAAGGUACAAGAAGAAGUGGACACUGUGUUAGCCAAACAUAACAACAAACUGACCUACGAUGCUAUCAAAGAGAUGAAAUAUUUGGAAAUGGCAUUUUACGAGUCCAUGAGGAUGUAUCCAUCCGUUGGAUACUUGAUUCGACAGUGCUGUGUUCCUAAAUAUACAUUCCCAGAAAUUGAUUUGACGAUCGAUGACGGCCUUAAAGUGUUGAUACCUAUACAAGCUAUCCACAGAGACGAGAAGUACUUCAGAGAUCCAAACAAGUUUGACCCUGAGAGGUUUAGUGACGGUACAAAGGAAGAUAUCAAAAACUUCGUGUACUUGCCUUUUGGAGAAGGUCCACGAUCCUGUGUUGGUGCCAGGUUAGGUCAGAUGCAGUCAAUGGCUGGUCUUGCAGCAGUUCUACAGAAGUACUCUGUAGAACCAGCAGCUUGCAGUCGCCAGGAACCAUUGCCUGAUCCCGCUGGUAUUGUCUCAGAAGGUUUUGUUGGAGGUCUACCUCUUAAAAUAAGGAGACGAGUGAAGUGAUAAUGAAAUUUUGCUACUGUUUUAAUAUAGACUGACUUUUUUAUUCUAACGUCUAUGCUGUUUUACAGAAGGAGCAUUGAAUUUUUUUGCUCAAUAGUAAGUUUUAUUGUGAUAAAAAUAAAGAUUAACUGAGUUCAUCAACUGGAACUCAAAUUGUACAUGUAACAUGACCUUGCUAGAAAUUUAUGUCAUUAUUACCUACUAGUUUUUACUUGAUUAGUAUCUAAAUUAUUUAUUAAAGACAUAAUAAUGGCUGGUAUGUUGAUUUUUAUUUGGGUUGAAUACUUACCAUUGAUACAUCUAGGAUGUUUACACCUGGAUCACCCUUUUCACCUUUGGGUCCAACAGGUCCUGGCUGCCCAGGUGGUCCUAAUGUGCCUGGACGACCCUGCAAGUUAUUAUCGUGUUGAAAAAACAUAAACGCCCUUAUAUAAAAGUAUGAAGUACUAAAUAUCACAUAUAUGUAUACCUCCUGAUGGAUAUUCUACAAGGUACAAUUCUUAUAUAAGUUUCUUUACCUUUGCAUUCUAAGCAGCAAGAAAAAGAAAUAAAUGUUAAUCAGUAAAUUGCGUGAUUUUUAUUAUUUACAAAGGUUGUUUUUGUAUCAUUACUUACAAUCCAUCCUGGUAGCCCUAUGUCUCCCUUAUCACCAGGUCUUCCAGGUGGUCCAGGUGGACCAGGUGUUCCAGCACUACCUUUGGGACCGCUUGGACCAGGUCUACCUCUCCUUCCUCGUAAACCAGCGUCACCUUUGUC